UAUGGAUGAUUCUAGGAAGUUUUGGAAGAGAAAUAUAUAGGUAUAAAUUGAAUGUAUCUGAGCUUGGAGGCUGAGUGUUUUAGGUAUUUUUUAUUUUUUUGUUUCUUAGACUUGCAUGCGUGUUUCCACUCUGGUUUUUUACUUGUAGGUGUUACUGAGUGUUCUGGAAGGUGGGGAGAGGGAAAAGGAGAGAGUGUCCUGUUUUUCAGUGUUAGUUUAUCCCGUUGUUUUAACUGGUGGGCUUGGCGAAGAAACCCACACUGCCGAUACACCAGCCCUUACAAACACAAGUACACUCAACCUGGGCAACUUUGGACUGUUUUAGGGGAGUACUGGUCUGAUGUUGCCGUCUGUCCGAUGUUGCCAUUGUUUGGAAAGGAGAUAAUGUUCCAUUUCAGUUUCGCUCAGUACACUAAGGAUGUUUAGUGCCAGAAUUGUGUGGAUGAGGGGUGUGGCUCCCCUGCUGCCUCCUCUGCUACCCAUAACUUCUCGUCUUACAUCCUUCGUCCAUGGAAGAGGAAAGCAGUUUUGUUCUGUGGCCAGUACAGAACAAAAUGACACAAGCCUUGUGGAUGUGGAGGCUCGAGUCAGCGUGGUUGUGAAUGAUCUGUGUAUGCGAGGCAUUACUCAGUAUCGAAAGGCACAGGUGACGUGCCUUUACCAGCUGCUCCUGGACCUGGGUAUCAAGGCAGAGACCAUUGAAGCUCAGCUACUUGAGAUGCCACACCUCCUCAGUCAUUCUCACAAGGCCUGGACCAAUACGUGUGAGGCGAUGGUGGAAAGUGGCAUCCCAAGUUUACGGAUCCUUCAGAGCAUUGCACUCCAUCCUGAACUCUUGAAGGUCAAGGUGUCACUCCUCCAAGAUAAACUCUUGCUGUACCGCCAGAUGAACAUUGGCAAGCUGAAUGGCCUCAGUCUUGUGACAAAGUAUCCAGUGUUGUUACUCCUUGAUCCAUCCCACUUGAAAAGGCGUCUGCUUAGCUUGGAUGCCAUGUUUCCACCAGCAUCACUCAAGAAUUUGGUACAUAACAACCCAAAUGUUCUCCUUGAUAGCUGGGAAGACAUCAUGGCCAAAAUUAUGUACAUCCAUAAGGAGAUGGGUCUGGAGCAGCCACAAAUUGCUGCUGCUAGGUGUCUGAAGCUGCCGCUCCUGCACAUCAAGACCAGGCAUCUCUUUCUCUUCCGGGCUGGCCUGUACAAGACACCCAACCUGUAUAAGGACAAGCAGAGCCACCGUAGGAACCCCUCACUCAAUGACAUCCUGGAUACUUCGGAUAAACGCUUCACCAACAGGGUUGCUCGGCUGACAGAGCAGGAAUAUGGGGUGUUCAAGGCAAUAAUGGCUGCAGAGGAGCAGGAUGGCAAGAAUUAUGACCAGGAUUCUCGUGAUGGUGAGGAGGAAGAACGAGCACUCAGCUACAAGAAAUACCAGUGAUAAUCAGUCUUUCUCACAAACAUUUUGGUUACAUGUAUGGAAAAGCAGAGUGUAAGAUUCUUGUUUAGUGCAAAAAGGCAUUGAUUUCAUCCAUCAAACAGUGCAAUAAUCAAAGAUGCAUAAUUUUGCACAAGUUCUUGAAAGAAACCAGUUUUAUAUCUAUUGUCUCCUUUUUUUUUUAGAUAUUCAUAAAGAAUUUCUAUUGUGUAUAUUUGUAUAUUUAAUGUUUAUGAGUGUAUGUGUGUGUGUGCUGUAUGCCUUGUCUGAGCUACCCCUUUUCAUUGGGGACAUGAGCCUGUCAGCCUUGCAUACAGAUAGGUGUGUAUUUAUGUAUAUAGACCUUACAAGAAAAUGUGAUACCUGUACACUGAUUAUUUUGUCUAUUUUAUCUCCUGAUAACAUAUCCAUUGCUUGAACAGGCUUGUUUCUUGCUUAACUGUGCACCUGUUUGUGGCUGUUACAUACAUAGCUCAUGUCACAUAAUUCUGAAACCUGCAAAUUUGUUUUUGGCAAAACUGGCUUAAAAGGCCAGUGCCAGGUUAUGAAUUGGAUUCAUAACCUUGGCAUUAGGUAGACACACGGCUAGCUAAGUACCAAUCAGCACAGGCCUGCGACUAAACAGAGUACUCAGCUAGAGUCUGGGUGAAGUGUCCACUAGGAUGGAAGAGAGUUGAGAAGGAGCUUGUUGUGAGUUGGGUGCUGGCUAGAGUCUCACUCGAAUGAAGGAGCGGGUAUGUUGUCUGUCUGCUGUUUGGAAGGUGACUGACUCCCCGCUUACUGAGCGAAUUGAUAUUGGUUUGUUCCAGGGUGAUGGAUCCAUUUGACCUGGAUCCUCACUGUUUCAUCUACUCAUCAUGGUGGGUUGUAUUUUAAUUGAGUUAAUUCCCAUCACCAUUAAUUUUCCUGUUGGAACAAUAGUUCUGAUAUGUGAAUGGGAGAAAGAAACUACCUCACAAUUUUGAUAGGAUCUAAAUGAAAUAGGGAGUGCAGCAAUGUGGGCCAAUCAAGAAGAGGCUCUGAACAUCAAGAAGUAGAAUGUCAUACCACAGAAAAGAUGCAUUGUCAUCUACAGGAAUUUAAUUUGUAUGUACUUAUAUACUGCUUUGCUUUAAGGAUUUGGCAACCUCACCCCUGCAGUGGAAGUGCAUCACAUGGUGUAGUCAGCCUUGGGGAACACAACCUUGAUGGCCUUGCUCAGCAGCCUCCUUACCUCCUUAGGGGAAGAUCACCUUGAAAUCAAACCUAUGCCCUGUCAGAGAAAAGUGUCAGGGGAAGGAAACCUCUUGCUCUGAACAUGUAACUGUCCAACCCUGUAAGGGAAAAUAAGAAUGGCAAAAGAAAUUAUAUACAUAUCACCUUCAGGAAUUUAAUCUAUAUGUACUUAUGCAUUGCCAUCUCAAGGAAUUUAAUCUAUAAUUCUGAAGUCUUCAAGCCUUUGUUCUGCAGUGUUUCCCAGGGAUCAGGACACAGCAACUACUGAUACAACCACAGUACUGAGAAGCCUCAGUAAUUCAACACUGAUCUAACCUCCUCCAACCAAGGUCCAACAGUAUCAAAAUGCAUAAAAUACUGAUACAUAAUACUUUUUUUUUUUUUUUUUUUAGGUUUUCCAUUGGUGAUUUUUUUUCAAUAAUUAGUUGUUGCAUAUAAUGGACUCAUACAGUACUUAAACUAUAUUGUUUCAUAAUUGGAUGCAACAAAUGGUGAAUGUUCUUAAUCAAAUUGUCUAUAGUAAUUUUUUUCAUGCCUUAUUAUUUUUAAUCCAUUAAUAAAUGUUUUAAAUUUC